UUGGAAUUAGGAGUCGGUCUAGCCAUCUGUUUCUUCCGCCCAGUUACAGGUGCCCAGAUUAUGAAAUCAACCGCGCAGCGCUCUGUGCCAGAUGUUACAAGGAGUUUCUCUUAAUAGCUCAGAUAUGUGAAGCAAGCCGCCACGUGGAACAAAUUGGCUUACUUCGCUAACACGUAUAGAACUUAGCAAUUUUACUGUCGAGAUCCCUUCUAUACAGCUACCUAUUUAUAUGGAUCCCUGCACGUCCCGUUUGUUCAGAAAUUCUACUUUAGUUUCUUCUCUCAGAAUUGAACGGCCAGUAGGUAUAUCAAUCACCCAAGAUAGAAAAUGACCCUAGAGCAGCCACGGAGACCUCAAUAUGACCAGGACCCUGUCAAAUACGGAGACGUGUUUGAUGUCCGAGGCAAUCUGGCCUCCGAGCCCGUUGCACCAGUAGAUGCAGCCAGUAUGCAGUCUGCUGAGAGCCAAGUACUUGGCCAGACCCAGAAAGGUGGCCCAGCUGCAGUCAUGCAAUCAGCGGCAAGCGCGAAUGUGAGAGGUGGACUUGUCGACCCUGACGAAUCGAGUGAGGCGGUUAGAGAAGAGGGUGUCACAGUAACUGAAGAAAACAUCGACGGCACUCGCCUUGUGACUGAAAGCGUUGGUGGACAGGUCGUGGGACAGUACGUUGAUCCUGCAGUACGAGCGGCUGAUCGGGGUUCCCCCACCGAUAUUACAAUUGGGGAGGCUUUGGAGGCAACUGCUUAUACUGCUGCAGGAGAAAAGCCGGUCGAUCAGAGCGAUGCUGCCGCUAUCAACGUAGCGGAGGUUAGAGCUCUUGGGAGUAACGACACGCCUUCCUCUGGAAUUGGCGCAUAUGCACAGUCAGCUGCUGAUCAUAAUGCGAGGCUUAUGCGUGGUGGAAAUAAAACCACACUCUCCGAUGUUCUUGCGGACGCGACCACCAAGUUGCCUCGGGACAAACCGGUUACACCUGAUGAUGCUGCACGUGUGACUGGAGCGGAGAUAAGGAACAAACCUGACAUGAAAACAACGCCUGGUGGGGUUGCAGCAUCCAUGGCUUCGGCGGCUAGACUUAAUCAGAACACAUAAUGUCAUAUCAAUAUAUGUGCGUGGAGUAGUAGUUUAGCACUCGAGUCUAUAUGAAUGAUUAGAAAGCUAGGAACUCUUUCCUAGCUUCGUAUAUCGUUGCUGUCUGUAAUGUACAAGCUUUGGUCGGUUAUAUCUAAACCGUCGGUUAAUUUAUUUUAUUAACUGUCAAAA